CAAGUCUCUCCAAUCCACACUGGAACUCCAUUUCCCAGCGUCCUUCACUCCAACAGAGGCCAGAGGAGAGGCCGGUACACUCCUCAACCGCUCCUCAAUCCAGUGCGUAGAGGAACGGGUCUCUACUCCUCCAUCUCAUCUCUCAAUCACCGAGAGGAGGAAACAGCAUGUCCAGAUGAGGGAGAUGAAAAUGUGUCACUGUAUGUCAAUGUGGGUCAUGAUUUCCAGGCAGAGCUUCCUAUAUGCUUAGUGGAUGGGGAAGGGUCAAGGGUGUUGUGUCCAGAAGAGGAAUCGCCUAGGGAACAGUUGCUCUGGAAACCAUGGGAUAUGCUGGAGGAGAAUACCAAUUUACAAGACCAAGUGGAGAAGCUGUUGUCCAUGUGCAGUUCCAGCUGUGCGCCAGGAGGGGGCAGUAACACAGAGCUGGCCCUGCACUGUCUGCACUUCUGUCAGGGGAACAUAAUGGCCGCUCUGGAGAUGCUGCUGUUCUCACAGCCCUCGCCUGCAGGAGACUACCACUACUCUGGUAGUGAUUGUUGGACAGACAGCGAAAAGAGUCUCUUCGGUGCAACUCUGCGGACUUAUGGGAACGAUUUUUCACUCAUAAGGAAAAUGGUGAGGACUAAAACCCUGAGCCAGUGUGUUGAAUUUUACUACCUGAGCAAGAAGCUCCAGGACAAGCAGAAGAAGCAGAGAGAGGAGGAGAUCCGAGAAGCAGUGAUGGAGCAGCAGAAGAGUAUAACCUCCGUCCGUCCACCAAUGGUAGCACAGUUUGGACCAGAGCAGGCGGUUCCUGCCCCCCCACUGACCAGCUUCUUCCCAUGCAAGCUGUGUGGCAAAAUGUUCUACAAAAUAAAGUCCCGUAACGCUCACAUGAAGAUCCACCGGCAGCCUCAGGAGGAUUGGAGCGACCGGCGGCUGCAGCAACAGCUCUUCACCCAGCGUCUGGCUCUCAGCCGCCCUGCAAACCUCAUCUCCACCCUGGGCGGUAAUCUGCUCCCCCCCCAGGCUGCAGCGCUGACCUUUUCCUCCUCUGGAAGCAGCAAUACAGACACUGUCCUCAACUCUGUAACCAACAGCAUCACUCCUAGCAACGGCAGCGUCCUUGAUCCUGGCGCCGUGGUAACAUACAGAAACAUCGCCGCUUCAAACUCUCAGGUUGACACAAAUACAGACUCUAAUCAAAGAGAGCCGUCCACCCUCUUACCUUUCCACCAAUUAUGGGGCUCUUUUGACCCCGACCCCACUGUCUUUUACUGCAACACAGAAGAGAAAGAUGGAGGUGGGAUGGUGGGGGGGAAAGAGACAGUCAACUGGCAUUAAAAGCAUGACUGACACUUAGCAUUACUGUUUUUAAUGCAAACUCAAUUUUACAUCAAACUUUUUGUCCAGGGAUAAGUCCUAAAUCCCGAACACUUCCUGUUCCCUCGGCUUUUGGUUAAUGCUGAAAUAAGAUCUGUGGUUAACACAAGCUGAAGAGAUGUUUUUACAUUUUGUUCUAGGAACAAAAACACGUCAGUAAACACCCCACUGAUAAAUGUCUGAAGCAUUAAUGUGUCUUAAAAACGGCCGUUGCUAACAAGUGUCUUAGCCGCCUUUAGCUUAGCGGUGGUGACCUGGAGUCAUGUGACUCUGCUGUAGUUCCGUUAUAGCCUAGAGUUAGCCUUUGUCUUCAAUAAUCAUUAAAGGAGUUAAUCCUGCUGAACAAGAUAUGAAAGUAUCAUAAAUGUGUGUUUGCCACAGAGAAUAUUUUCUUCAACAUUCCAAAAGCCAUUGGAAGAAUCCCUUUGACUUUUUGUUGAGGGAACCCUUGUGAUGCUAACUUCCAGUUUGCUUACGAAAAUAUGUCAUCUCUCACCCCUCUGCCAGGGACGUAAUGUUUUCAGACUGGUUUGUUUGUCAGCAGGGAAACACAAAUGGGACUAAUAU